AAGGUUCUUUUUCCUUAUCAAGCACGAAAAGUAACAACACUAUUGUAAUUUCAAUUUGGUUUUAAUUUCUUUUUUAUUUAUAAAACCCUCCAAAUUUCUUUUGUUACUUUCAAUUUUUUCAGACAGAGAUUCGUUUCAGUUCUUGAAAUUCAGGCUGACCUAUAGUGAAAGUAAAGAAUAGUUUUGAUGUCUUCAAAAACAUUGAGGAGAAGACUCCAUCACGGGGACGUUGAUGGGAAAAGGCAGGAGCAUUUUGAUGCUUCGGGAUUAGAUUCUUUGAAUGAACCCUUGUUGGGGGGUGAUGAUUAUAUUGAGAAUAAUAAGAUACAUACACUUGAAGAUUUGUGGGAUGAUGAGAGAAAGAAGGCGCAAAUUCAUUGGACAUUUGUAUUUUCGAACCUCAUUGCGCAAUGGGCACAGUGGUUAGCGAACAUUGUAAUAGGGUCUGGAUCUCUUCUUGGUCGUUUUUUAUCUCUUCCUUCUCAUGCUCUUUACUUGCAAAGCAAUAGCAUGCUGCCUCAACCUCUUAGCCCUGUGCAGGAAGAAAGACUAAGAAACUUACGGCAACGACUUGAACUCCCCUUUGAUGGUUCUAAAACAGAGCACCAAGACGCUCUUUUACAAUUGUGGAAAUUGGCUUAUCCUGACAGGGAGCUUCCUCCACUUAAGUCAGAUCUUUGGAAGGAAAUGGGAUGGCAAGGUUCAGACCCAUCAACAGAUUUUAGGGGUGGAGGAUUUAUAUCAUUAGAGAACCUCAUCUUUUUUGCACAAAAGUAUCCAGUUUCAUUCCAGCGAUUAUUGCUUAAACAAGAUGGAGUCAGAGCAGAGUGGGAAUACCCAUUUGCAGUAGCUGGAAUCAAUAUUUCAUUUAUGUUGGUGCAGAUGUUGGAUCUUCACGCAGUUUAUCCAUCUUCUCUGUCAGGAAUCUGUUUUCUACGGCUGCUUGAGGAGGAUGAAACAGCAUUUGAUAUUCUUUUUUGCAUCGCAUUUCAAAUGAUGGAUGCUCAGUGGCUAGCAAAGCGUGCUACAUAUAUGGAAUUUAACGAAGUUUUGAAGUCAACAAGAACACAGUUAGAGCGCGAGCUUGCUCUAGAAGACAUCUCCAGUAUAAAAGAUUUACCUGCUCACAACAUGUUGAGAUGAUUAGUGCUCAUUUUUAGUUUAACAUUUCUGUAGUUAGAGAAUGUUACCUCAAAUGUUUUUAAAGUAUUUUACCUGAAUAAACAAUCACUUUCAAAGAAA